CGCUUUAAAUUCGAAUAUAGGGCUUGAGUUCAAAGUUCACAGUUCAAGGCCACUGACCUGCGGGAAGUCAACAAUCGGUCCAUAUUUUUAUAAAAUUUCACCAUAUUCAAUUGAAAUGGCAUCUCAAAGUGACGAACAGUCUUUUAUGGAUUGGUUUAUAAGAUACCGAAGUCCAUCAGAGAUAAGCAAACUUCACCCAGAUUAUCUGAGAAUGGAAUUGAGCUGUUUCGUUUGUACAAUAUUGACAUUCAUUCAUGCUCAACGUAUUGGUGGAAGGUUUAAGUUUCUAUGGAUAGCAGUAAUUUUACACGGCCUGUUUGUUGAGGCUGUAAGUUAUUGGAUGCCUGAUAUUGACAGCUUUUGGCACGCUCAGGGGAUAUUCAUGUUCAUAGGACAACGCUUACCUCUCUAUAUAAUAUGUAUAUAUGCGGUAUUUAUUUAUACUGCCAGUGUUGCUGUAGGACACUCAGGAAUGAGAUGGUGGGCUCAACCAUUUGCAGUUGGUCUGACAGUAGUGAUGCUAGACUUACCAUAUGAUAUACUGGGGAUCAAGAAUCUUUUCUGGACAUGGCAUGAUACAGAUCCUAACAUAUAUGACAGACAUUACUGGGUGCCAUGGACUAGCUAUUAUUUCCAUGCAACUUUUGCCUGCAGUUUUACAGCUGUUUUCCAUGGAAGUCACAAACUUCUAGCACCUAGCAAAGAAACAUACCAAUAUGCUGGAUUCAUGCGUGAGACAGUGUGUUGUUUGUUGGCUGCAAUGUUUGGGUUCCCACUAGGUGUGAUACAGUUUGUGUUUAUAUACCAUCCACUACAUGACACAUUUGGGAUUCAUACCGAGGUGUGUGUGAUGUUGUUGGUAGUUGUCUAUGGUUCUAUUAUCUGGAUGGGAGACAGAAAUGUGGACAGAAGUCAUGCUCAUCAUAGUAAACGAUGGUUUUUAGAUGAGAUAAUGACUGAAGUAAUUUUACACUAUACAUUCUUUAUAUACCUGGUGUUUACCUCAAAACCAGAAAAUAAUAUAGUGACAGGUCUCCAUGAACCUAUAGGACCAUGCAACGAGACAGAGCCUGUGCAAACACCAUUUAAACAUGUACUUUCUAAAAGAAAAUAUCUGUGCCUUAAUGAUUAUGAUGAGAAGGUUUACGAUUUCCACUGUGUAAACGAACUGCCUGAACAUGGGUCACGCUGGUACACAAUCUGUGGAACGCCUUACGAAAAUCACAUGGAAUACAUCGUUAUCGUCUGUGGCGUCUGCUUCCUUGGACUAGUCUGGUGUUUCAACCUGCUCCUCUCCGGUCCCCUGGCCGGCAAACCUCACACCAAGCAGCAUCAUAUCAUUCGUGACAAACAAGAGUGAUGAAAUAGCUACGAGAAACCAAAAAAUAAAUAGAUGAUCAUCAACAAAGUGCUGAAACUAAAUGAGAGAACAUUUUUGCUGUUUUGCUAUUGAAGCUCAAUUUUAAUUGUUGUGCUUGCAUAAUAUAUAGGGAUGGGAAAUAAAGUGCUAUAUUUAUUA